AUGGCUAUCACGCGAUACAACCAGCACCCAGAUAUUUUUCUCACCAUGAUUGCAAAUCCCAAUUGGCCAGAAAUUACUUCAGCAUUAUUACCACACCAAAAAGCUAUUGAUCAUCCGAAUUUGAUUGCCUGUGUUUUUGAGCUAAAAAGAAAGUGUUUGAUGAAGGAGAUAGAGACAAACAAAGUGUUCGAAUUUCCAGAUCCAAAAGAUGAUCCUACACUUUUUGAAACUGUCAAGUGUUGCAUGGUACAUGGACCAUGUGGUGCUCGAAAUCUCCAAGCACCAUGUAUGGAAAAUGGUAUAUGUACUAAGAAAUACCCUCGAGCCUUUGCAAAAUCAACAACUAUGGACCAAGAUGGAUAUCCAAUCUAUCGUCGUCGCAAUAGUGGUCAAGUAUAUACUGUGAGAGGACAGGAAGUUGAUAAUAGGGAUGUGGUACCAUACAAUGGAUAUCUUUCUAAACGGUUCAAUUGUCAUAUAAAUGUAGAAGUUUGUGCUGGAGUGAGAUGUGUUAAGUAUAUACAUAAGUAUAUUUACAAAGGUUAUGAUCGCACAACAAUGGUUUUGGGAUUGAUUAAUGAGACCCAACAAUAUCUUGAUGCGAGGUAUAUUGGACCACCAGAAGCUGCUUGGCGAAUAUUCGGUCAUCAUUUGCAUGCAGAGAUGCCAACAGUUGUUCGCUUGGCACUUCAUCUACCUGGAAUGCAUCGUGUUCUUUUCAAUCCUAAUGACUCAUUGGAAAUGAUUCUUUCUAGAGCUGCUGAUCGUCCGGAUUUGAUUGCCCGUGUUUUUGAGUUAAAAAGAAAGUGUUUGAUGAAGGAGAUAGAGACAAACAAAGUGUUCAGUAAUAAAGUUGCACGUGUUUUUACAAUUGAAUUCCAAAAACGAGGCCUACCACAUAUGCAUGCGCUUCUCUUUCUUAAAGGUCCAGACAAAAUUCGAACAUGUGCUCAAGUAAACAAAUUAAUUUGUGCAGAAUUUCCAGAUCCAAAAGAUGAUCCUACACUUUUUGAAACUGUCAAGUGUUGCAUGGUACAUGGACCAUGUGGUGCUCGAAAUCUCCAAGCACCAUGUAUGGAAAAUGGUAGAUGUACUAAGAAAUACCCUGGAGCCUUUGCAGAAUCAACAACUAUGGACCAAGAUGGAUAUCCAAUCUAUCGUCGUCGCAAUAGUGGUCAAGUAUAUACUGUGAGAGGACAGGGAGUUCAUAACAGGGAUGUGGUACCACACAAUGCAUAUCUUUCUAAACGGUUCAAUUGUCAUAUAAAUGUAGAAGUUUGUGCUGGAAUGAGAUGUGUUAAGUAUAUACAUAAGUAUAUUUACAAGGGUUAUGAUCGCACAACAAUGGUUUUGGGAUUGAUUAAUAAGAUCCAACAAUAUCUUGAUGCGAGGUGUAUUGGACCACCAGAAGCUGCUUGGCGAAUAUUCGGUCAUCAUUUGCAUGCAGAGAUGCCAACAGUUGUUCGUUUGGCACUUCAUCUACCUGGAAUGCAUCGUGUUCUUUUCAAUCCUAAUGACUCAUUGGAAAUGAUUCUUUCUAGAGCUGCGCAACAAAAAUCGACUCUUACUGGUUUUUUUUAUUAUUGUGCUUCCAAUGAAAAUGAAUGCCAAUUCACUUACCGAGAAUUUCUGCAACAUUUUGUUUGGCUCAAGUCAGAACAUAGAUGGAAACCAAGAGAACAUGGAUAUGCAAUUAGUAGAAUAUACUUUGCUAGCCCUAACUGUGGUGAAAGAUUUUAUCUGCGUUUGUUGUUAACUAUUGUCAAAGGGCCAAGAUCGUUUCAAUGUUUACGUACAGUUAACAAUGUUUUGUAUGAAACGUUUAAAUCAGCAUGUGUUGCAAGAGGACUCUUAGAAGAUGAUAAAGAAUGGAUACAAUGGCUGAAAGAGGCUGCAGUUAUGAAAAUCGGAUAUCAAUUGAGGAGAUUGUUUUUUUGUGGGUUUAGCAAGCAAUCAUUACAGGCUGAAUUGUUUAGAGAAACAAAACUCAUAAUUUGGGAUGAAGUUCCUAUGCAACAUAGACAUUGUGUUGAGGCGGUUGAUCGCACACUUCGAGAUAUUUGUGAUUGUGAAAAGCCAUUUGGGGGUAUCACUGCUGUUCUUGGUGGAGACUUUCGACAAAUCUUACCAGUUAUAACCAAAGGAGUUCAUGAGCAAAUUGUGAAUGCAUCAUUAAGAUACUCUGUUUUGUGGAAUGAUCUACAUGUUUUAUCUUUAGAUUUGAAUAUGCACUGGAAUCAUGCAAACCUUGGAAAUCCUAUUUUUGCAAAAUUCUUGACAGAGGAUCUAAAGGAAUUACUCUCAACAGUUUAUCCACAAUUGGAUGUGGCAGAUACAUCAACCUCAUCAUUCUUAACGGAACGUACAAUUCUUUUUGCACGAAAUGAUGAUGUCAGUGCUAUCAAUAUUGCUGCGUUGAAUAUUUUUCCAGGGAAUACAUAUACGUAUCUUACUGCAGAUAAGAUGACUGAAGAUGAUGAAAUUGAUCCUUCCAUUACAAACAGAUAUCCUAAUGAGUUUUUAAAUUCAUUGGAUCCUCCUGGGCUACCAGCUUUUAAGGUAGAGUUGAAAGUGGGUUGUCCUAUAAUGUUAUUAAGAAACAUUGCACCGAAAGAUGGACUGUGUAAUGGCACAAGAUUGAUGGUAUCAAGGUGCGACACUCGCAUAAUUGAAGCUCGAAUCUUAACUGGAGAGAAGUUUGGCAAUUUGGCAUUUAUACCAAGGAUAUCAUUGACUCCGUCUUCUGCAGAAAUGCCUUUCUGA